GUCGUCGUCUCACUCACCCCGCCUUCACGCCUCCCUCACCAAAUAAGGUCCCGCCCUUUUCCGACAUUCACAGGGGGGACAGGAAAUCAGCGGCCAUGGCCUCGAUUCCGGCGACGACCUUCGCCGUCAUCUUAUCCGUCCUCUUCUGUGCCGCGGCUGGCACCGCCGUCGACAACGACCUCCCCGACUACGUCAUCCAGGGCCGCGUCUAUUGCGACACCUGCCGCGCCGGGUUCGUGACCAAUGUCACCGAGUACAUCGCGGGCGCCAAGGUGAGGCUGGAGUGCAAGCACUUCGGCACCGGCAAGCUCGAGCGCUCCAUCGACGGGGUGACCGACGGGAACGGCACGUACACGAUCGAGCUCAAGGACAGCCACGAGGAGGACAUCUGCGAGGUGGUCUUGGUGGAGAGCCCGCGCAAGGACUGCGACCAGGUGCAGGCGGACAGGGACCGCGCCGGCGUCCUGCUCACCAGGAACGUCGGCAUCAGCGACAACCUGCGCCCCGCCAACCCGCUCGGCUACCUCAAGGACGUGCCGCUGCCCAUCUGCGCCUCGCUGCUCAAACAGUUGGACUCGGACGACGACGACGAUCAGUAAUAGCACAUCGACGACGACGAUCGAUAUGUAAUAGCACGUCGUCGACGACCGACCGCAGUCGUCGCAGACUGGCUGGCACUAAACCACAAAUCCUCUUCACCUGGAUUACAAAUAUGUAACUGAGAAAGGAAAGGAAAACAAAAAUGUAACUGCGUGGCUGUACCAAAUUCUGAGUGC